GAAUGUUUACUGUUCCCGUGGCAACGGCAGCCUUGGCUCGCAGUUGGUGACAAGAGGGUCGAUGGCUAAGGAUCAGGAACCUGAUUUUUACCUCAAGUGGAAGCACUGUGAGACCUAUGGCGUCAAGACUCUAUGCAACCUGAGGGAGCUCCUGACCCGACUCCACAAGGACCACAGGGAUGAUAUCUAUGUCUACACCUCUGGACACCUGAACCCUGACAAGCUUUACAGGCCUUCCAAGAUCGUCACUGAGCACUGGCACAAUGCCAACAGGCCAAGGGAGCCGCGAAUCUUCCCACCCUCUGUGUCAAGAGACAAACAGACAGCCGAGAUGAGGGAUGCGUGGGCUUACUUCACGAUCAACACAGCCCUGCGUCCCGAUGACAGCCACAACACAAGGCUGUUCAGGUAUUUGAACCCACGGAUGGUCACUUCCCAUGUUUCCAAAGAGGGUGUCACCUCGAAGGUCCCACAGGAGGAGGAAGAGGAGGAAGUCAGGGAAAGACGCGUGCUUUCUCGGGAAAGACACAGGAAGGAAGAGCUUAGGCUGCCCGAGAUGAAAGUGCUCAGGUACCCUGCGAUACCCUCCAGCCGCCAGUGCGCCAGGGCUGCCUCGGGCAGGGAUGUGUAUCGGUACGUCAGCUCCUACUUAGCUGGUAUAACAAAGGCUGACAGAUACAACAAGUUCCUGAGCUUCCAAAAAGAAGUGCUGGCAAAGGAAGGUAUCCCGAAGAGUGAUUUCACGGGGAGCAAGGUGGCUGAGAACCAUGAGAAGAAACUGAAGGAGGAACUCCAGAAGAUAUGCACCUGUAACCCUCAGCAGUUCAACAGGCUGCAGGUCUUUGGGGAGGUCUUUGAGGAUGUUUGCAACAGCUCUCUGAUCUUCGGGGACCUCCUGAAAGAGAUCAAGGAUGAAUAUGAACUCUACAUGGCAGCUCUUCUAGACUCCCAGCCCACAGCACAGUACAAGGUAAUCACCACCAGGAAGGGCACAGAGUGA